UACUGGUGUAUUUAAAGUACACAUUGAUGUCCUAACCAUUGUCGUUGCUUCUUCCAGUUGUACAAGCAAAACCAUAACCAUAGCCUUCUCUUCUUCCGCUCUCUCUCUCUCCCUCUCUUGAUUAAAAUAUAUAUAUCUUUGAAACAGUAAUUAAGAAGGAAGAAACCAAGAGGAACCAUGUCUUCCCCGAGCAAACGCAGAGAGAUGGACUUGAUGAAAUUGAUGAUGAGUGAUUACAAGGUGGAGUUGAUCAAUGACGGUAUGCAAGAGUUUUAUGUUCAUUUCAAUGGACCCAAUGAAAGUCCUUAUCAUGGAGGUGUGUGGAGAAUAAGAGUUGAGCUACCCGAUGCUUAUCCUUAUAAAUCUCCCUCAAUAGGUUUUGUUAAUAAGAUCUACCAUCCAAAUGUUGAUGAAAUGUCUGGCUCGGUUUGUUUAGACGUUAUUAAUCAAACUUGGAGCCCCAUGUUUGAUUUGGUAAAUGUGUUUGAAGUAUUUCUUCCACAGCUUCUUCUGUAUCCUAACCCAUCAGACCCAUUGAAUGGUGAGGCUGCAGCUCUGAUGAUGCGUGACAAGCCUGCUUAUGAGCAAAGAGUUGAAGAAUACUGUGAGAAAUAUGCCAAGCCAGAGGACAUUGGAGCUGCCCCAGAAGAAAAAUCAAGUGACGAGGAGUUGAGUGAAGAUGAGUACGAGUCUCUUGAUGAUGAAAUGGCAGGCCAAGCAGAUCCAUAGCGAGCUGUUGCAUGCCCUGCCAAGCUGUUGUAUCUGUACAUAUUUCUAGCUUCUGUUAAAUCAAUCCUAGCAAACGAUCUCGUUUAUUGGGCAGGAAAAAAGAAUUCCAUGGCCUCUGUCUGUUUCUUUUGUAAAGAAAAGCAUGUUCACUUUGUGUUCCA